CUGGCCAUAUCUGAUGUGCACUUGUCCAUGGAGAACGCCAGAGCUCUGGAGCACCUCAACAACAGAUGGAAACUUCUGCAGGGGUCAAUUGAAGAACGUCUGAAACAGUUGCAAGAUGCCCAUAGAGAUUUUGGACCCGGAUCACAGCACUUCCUUUCCAGCUCUGUGCAGAUUCCUUGGGAACGUGCCAUAUCCCCCAACAAAGUGCCAUACUACAUCAACCAUCAGGCUCAGACAACCUGCUGGGACCAUCCAAAGAUGACUGAAUUAUACCAAACUCUGGCGGACCUGAACAAUAUCAAGUUCUCUGCAUACCGGACGGCCAUGAAGCUGAGGCAUGUGCAGAAGGCUUUAAGAUUGGACCUUCUGAAGUUGAGCAGCGUGGCGGAUGUGUUUAGAGAACAGGAGCUGCAGCAUGCCGAGCAUGUGAUGGAUGUGGUCGAGGUCAUCCACGCUCUCACUUCCCUGUAUGAGAAACUAGAGGAGGAGAGGUCCGUCCUGAUCAAUAUCCCCCUGUGCGUCGACAUGUGUCUCAACUGGCUGCUGAAUGUUUACGACAGUGGUCGUAAUGGUAAGAUGCGAGUGCUCUCCUUCAAGACGGGCCUGGUUAUUCUAUGCAAAGCAGACAUCCAGGAAAAGUAUAAAUACAUUUUCAGACAGGUGUGUGGUCCAGGUGGACUGACAGAUCAGAAACAUCUCAGUCUGUUACUGCACGAGGCUAUUCAGAUCCCUCGGCAGCUCGGGGAGGUGGCGGCAUUUGGAGGGAGCAACGUGGAGCCCAGUGUCCGCAGCUGCUUUCGAAUUGCUCCAGGUAAGUCAGCAAUUGAGGUGUCUCACUUUCUGGAGUGGAUGGGCCUAGAGCCUCAGUCGGUGGUGUGGCUUCCUGUUUUGCACCGGGUGACCGUGGCCGAGACAGCCAAGCACCAGGCACGCUGCUACAUCUGUAAGCAGUGCCCUAUCAAGGGCUUCAGAUACCGGAGUCUGAAACAGUUCAAUGUGGACAUCUGCCAGACGUGUUUUCUGACAGGCAGAACUACCAAGGGCAAGAAACUACACUACCCCAUCAUGGAGUACUACACCCCGACGACCUCAGGCGAGAAGAUGCGGGACUUCGCAAAGACGCUAAAGAACAAGUUCCGCUCGAAGCAGUAUUUUAGUAAACACCCUCAGAGGGGAUACCUGCCUGUUCAAUCAGUACUGGAGGUGGAGAGCUCUGAGACGCCCUGCUCAUCUCCCAGGCUGCCUCAUGCGGACACACACAGCCGGAUCGAGCAUUUUGCCAGCAGGUUGGCAGAAAUGGAGAACCAGAACUGUUCCUUUUUCACCGACAGUCUCUCUCCGGAUGAAAGUUUGGAUGAAGAUCAGUACCUCCUACGUCACUCCAGCCCUGCCCUUGAGCAGGACUCCCCCCACGGCCACCUGCUGGCCCACCUGGACUGCCAGGAUAGAGAAGAGCUGCAGCGCACCCUCCAGCGCCUGGAGAACGAGAACAGGGUGCUGCAGGGCGAGUAUCGGCGGCUGAAGUGGAAGCACGAAGAGGCAGCAGCAUCACCCCAGCUGCUGGAGUCAGGUCCAGGUUCACUGGCCGGUCAGCAGGACGAGGAGCUCUUAGCCGAAGCUCGAGUCCUUCGACAGCACAAGACCCGCCUGGAGACGCGAAUGCAGAUUCUGGAGGACCACAACAAGCAACUGGAGUCCCAGCUACGCAGACUCAGAGAACUACUGCUGCAGCCCAAAGAUGACUCGGAGGCCAAUGGCUCGGCUCCUUCCUCUCUGUCCUCUCCUGUGUCAGGGGGUGACCACCAGGGGGAGCCUCCCAGCAGAGAGACCACAGACACAGAAGCUGCAGGUGAGUAUUUGGAUUACGAGCAGGACACCGUACUGCAGCUGCAGCAGGUAAUCGAACAGCUGAGGAACGUCUUCCCAUCUGAGCCAGGUCCAUGAGGAACCUGAUGCAAAACUCAGAGGCCUAUAAUUGUGCAGGUGAAUCCAUGGACAGACGACGGGGCUACGAGAAGAGUUUCAAGACAACCUUCUCAACCUGCGUCCAUUUCCUAAAGAGCUGUGGGAUAUCUGAGUGCUAACUAAACGAACUAAUGUUUACAUGGUGCCAAAGGCCUGCACUGAUCCGGACACUGUGCUAACACUUAAUGCAAGGUGUGUGGCUUCAUCAGUACAGCACAAGAACCACAAACAGGACUUACACCACGCAGAAGGGGAUCUCUCUUUAGGUAUCCCUGUGCCAGCAACUUAUCUGUGUGUAUGUUUUUUUUUUUGGUUUGUUUUUUCAAUUUU